AUGAGGUUGCAGAAGUUCUUGGGCUAUGGAGCCGCCAUUUGUGCCUCGUGGAGCCAGAUGGCGAGUGCCAUCACUCUCGAUGUCCAGUCAAGCGAGUCGGUCAAGAGCGCGGCAAGCACUGUGGCAUGGGGCAUGAUGAAGUACUACACCGGCAACAAUACAGGCGAUGUGCCAGGAAACCUGCCAGAUCCAUACUACUGGUGGGAGGCGGGCGCAAUGUUUAUGACACUGAUAGAUUACUGGUACUUCACAGGCGACACAACCUACAACGCCGAGACCGUCCAAGCGAUGUUGUGGCAGGCCGGAACCACCUACAAUUUCAUGCCCGUAAACCAGACCAAGACCGAAGGAAACGAUGAUCAGGGCUUUUGGGGCAUGGCGGCAAUGACUGCCGCAGAGUCGGGCUUCGAUAACCCGCCUGACGGGACCCCAGGAUGGAUAGCCAUGGCACAAGCAGUGUUCAACAUGAUGGUUGCGAGAUGGGAUAACACGACUUGCGGCGGAGGGCUGAGGUGGCAGAUCUUCACGUGGAACACCGGUUACACAUACAAGAACUCCAUCGCCAAUGGAUGUUUUUUCAACAUCGCCUCAAGAUUGGCUCGGUAUACAGGGAAUCAGACGUAUGCGGAUUGGGCCACCAAGAUCUAUGAGUGGGAGACAUCCGUUGGUUUGAUCGCACCUAACUACGCGGUUUACGACGGGACGAGCGACUUGCAGAAUUGUACCAGUGUCGACCAUCUCCAAUUUACAUAUAAUCAAGGCAUCUACCUCUUCGGAGCAGCCAUGAUGUAUAAUUUCACAAACGGCUCCGCUGAGUGGCAGACUCGUGUGUCUGGCUUGCUGAACGCCACUGCAGUCUUCUUCAAAGAUAACAUAAUGUAUGAACCAGCAUGUGAGGACGUCAACGGCUCCGGCACAUGUGAUGUCGACCAGCAGAGUUUCAAAGGCUACCUUGCCCGCUGGCUAGCUGGCACCGCCCAACUCUGCCCCUGGACCCAUAGCACCAUCAUGACCUACCUAACCACCAGCGCCGUCGCCGCCGCCGCACAAUGCGACGGCGGCUCCAACGGCAUCACCUGCGGCGAGCACUGGACCGCCAAAGCGACCUGGGACGGCUCCUCAGGCGUCGGUCAACAAAUGUCCGCGCUCUCCGUCAUCCAAGCCACGCUGAUCGACAGCGCCCGCGGCCUCGUCACCAACGACACCGGCGGCACGAGCAAAGGCAACCCAGCAGCCGGCACAGGCUCCGGUCCAGGCUCCCCCGGCUCCGACCCUGCCGUCAUCACGCCCCCGACCGGCGGCGACCGCGCUGGUGCCGGUAUCCUGACCGCGGUCGUCUUGUUCGGGCUUCUUGGCGGCGUGGGCUUUUUGGUUACGGGUGAGUAG